AUGUUUUCCCGAGUGGCUGUCUUAUCCGAACUGGGAUAUACCUCGAAGCAUUCUUCUCCUGGAUGGACGUUGUUUAUACCUCAAACCAUUGAACGACAGACAAUCACAGUUCGAGUUACUGCACAACAGGAUCAAACGUUACCUGCGUUUUCUGGACGUGGCUUUCCGAAGAAAAACCGAUGGCAUCGUAGAGCAGAGGAUCCAUUGAAAAUUAACGUGAGCUACCCAGAACACAAACUUUAA